GAGGAGCGUCACUCUCGGUGUCCUGGAUGCUUUUCACCCUGAAGCUGCUCCUCUGAUUUAUUCUGCGCUGUUUGGAGCUGGUUAAAACCAAACAGGAGAAAGGUUUCUCUCCAGUCAUGCAGAAGGUGGAGGGACGGGUCACCCCGGUUAACCUGCCUUCGUCCAGGGGCCCAAGCACCCCGGGGUCUCCUGCCACUGGCAUCGUGGCCCGUGUGAACGACCAGGUGGUGGGUUACAGGGACCUCGCUGCUCUGCCCAGAGAUAAAGCCAUCCUGCAGGUGGAGAGACCCGACUUGAUGACCUACCAACCACACCUGACCUUCUCCCCACUCGACCAGCCACGCAGAGAGCGCUCUCUGUCUCCUCCCUCCACUUCUCCUCACAUGUCCCCCGGGAUGAAGGGACGCAGAGCAGAAAGUGAGAGCGGCUCCCCCGGAGGAUCAACGCUGCAACUGCAGGGCGAACGCAAGAUCAGCAUCAGCCUGCAGCAUUUCCAUAGGCCAGAUAACGGCACCAACAUCUACAGGAAACCUCCCAUCUAUAAACAUGACGGAAACAAACACGGGGACGGCAGCGGCGUCAUCCAGUCAGCAAAGUUUCCAGCAGCUCAGCCUCCAGAUCCAAGCCAGCCGUCCAAGAUCGAGACUGAGUACUGGCCCUGCCCCCCCUCACUGGCUUCCAUGGAGAUCGAGUGGAACAAGAAGAAGCUGCAGGAGCAGGAGGAAGACGAGUUUGAAGACCUGACAGAUGAAGCCGAGAUGCUGCGAGAACAGGAGCUGGAAAAGAUCAAGUCCAACCUGGGCCGCCUGAUCCUGAAGGAGGAGAAAGAGAAAGCCGUUCAGUUCAGGAGGAAGACGCAGUCGCUGCCCGACAGAACACACAUGCACACCAGUGAGGCUCUGCAGCGUGUUUACUCCUCAGGACUGACCAGAAUGCAGUCGGCAGAGUUUUCCACAGAUGGAGAUAAAGGACAGCCAGAGAACGGCGAGGCUCGGAGGGAGAGGAUGGACAGAGGAAACUCGUUGCCGAGUAUCUUGGAGCAGAAGGUGUUUCCGUAUGAGGCGCUGGUCGUGACCCACAGGGGGCGCUCUAAGCUGCCGCCCGGCGUCGACCGCACUCGGCUGGAGCGUCACCUGACCCCGGAGCAGUUCGAGGAGUUGUUCGGGAUGUCGAUUGUGGAGUUCGACCGCCUCUCUCUGUGGAGACGAAACGAACUGAAGAAGAAGGCCCAGCUUUUCUAACAGGAAGUGACCUCAUCGCUCGCCACACACCUUCGAGUACCUGACGAACCACCUGCUGUCGAGGAGGAGGAAGAGGAGGAGGAGGAAGAGGAAGAGGA